GCACGGGCGGGCAGCCAGGAUGCAGGCGGCGAACAAGGAGCACCUGUACAAGCUGCUGGUAAUCGGCGACCUGGGCGUGGGCAAGACCAGCAUCAUUAAGCGCUACGUGCACCAGAACUUCUCCUCGCACUACCGGGCCACCAUCGGCGUGGACUUCGCGCUCAAGGUGCUGCACUGGGACCCGGACACCGUGGUGCGCCUGCAGCUCUGGGACAUCGCAGGUCAAGAAAGAUUUGGAAACAUGACAAGGGUCUAUUACCGAGAAGCCAUGGGUGCAUUCAUUGUCUUCGAUGUCACCAGGCCAGCUACGUUUGAAGCAGUGACCAAGUGGAAAAAUGAUUUGGACUCCAAGUUAAGUCUCCCUAAUGGCAAACCAGUUUCAGUGGUUUUGUUGGCCAACAAAUGUGACCAGGGCAAGGAUGUGCUCCUGAACAAUGGCCUCAAGAUGGACCAGUUCUGCAAGGAGCACGGUUUCGUAGGAUGGUUUGAAACCUCAGCAAAGGAAAACAUAAACAUCGACGAAGCCUCCAGGUGCCUGGUGAAGCACAUCCUCGCCAACGAGUGUGAGCUGAUGGAGUCGAUCGAGCCGGACGUCGUGAAGCCGCACCUCACGCCACCCAGGGCGCUCAGCUGCUCCAGCUGUGCCAAGUCCUAGUGGGCACUGUGCUGGCACAUGCUGCACAUCACCCCAUUCUCUCAGCCGUGGUGCCUCAGCUUUUACCAUUUUGGGAAAAUGUCAUGAUAGGGACACACAGAUGACAUGCCGAAGAUCUAUGCCUCUAUCUUUCCUAUGUGAGAGAAAUAGCAAAUGUGUUUUUAAUGUCUGCCUCCCCCCCCUCCCCAUUCCUACCCACACCACCCAGCAUCAGCAACUGUGUUUACAAGUAUUUAGACUAUUUAGUGUGUUAAAAAAUUAUGUCUGGUAGCUGACCACCCUUCUGCAGGGCGAGCUUGGGCCGUGCUAUUUGCUUCUUUGCAUCAGCCAAGGCCUCAGGUUUUCAAGAGAAAGGGGAGAAGGGCAGACUCGCUGGCAAGUUGAGCACUGGCUUUUGCUUUGCCACUGGUAUGUUGCCCAGGCUUGAAUAUAUUCUCUGCUGCUCUGACCGGCCUCUUAAGUCGAAAUGGUCUUUUCUCCAGACAUGACCUCCAUUCCCAGCAAGCCUAGGAGUUUCCUCGGAUUGAGCUCUUCGGAGUCAUGCACACAGGCUUCCUGUGCUGUUGUUGCUUUUAUUGUCACUUGCAUGCCCUGAAUGUUGGUUUAACUGGAAAAUGUAUGAAAAAGAUCCGCCCCCUGUUUGUGCCCUUUUGUUAGCUUUCUCUGACUCACACUGUGGGACUCUGUACAUGUAAUAUAUAUUGUAUAUAUUUUCACAAGUGAAAAAUAAAACAUUAGCGGACUCUGUUUCCUUA